AUGUCAUCAAAUACAACUUUUAUUAAUUAUAUAAAUCAACUUUCAUCUGAUCUCAAUCGUUAUUUAUCUAUUAGUAUUCUUCUAUUUGGUACUAUUGGAAAUAUUCUAAAUUGUCUUGCGCUAUCACAAAGACCUCUUCGCUCAAAUCCAUGUGUCUUCUUCUUUCUUGCUUCGUCCAUUGCCAGUAUUAUUACUCUCAUCUCUGGUGUUUUGGUUCGUUUAUUAUCUGAUUGGUCACUAUCACUGGAUUUAACAAAUACUAUUAACUGGCUUUGCAAAGUUCGUAUAUAUAUAUUAUUUAAUUCAAGAACAAUUGCUUCAUGGUUGAUUAUGUUAGCUACUUGUGAUCGAUGGUUAUCAUCAUCUAUUCAUGCACAUUAUCGUCAAAUGAGUACACUGAAAAAUGCUCAACGAAAUAUAAUUGCUGUUAUAUUCUUAUCAAGUAUUGCAUAUGUUCAACUAUUCUAUUGUUAUGAAGCUAAUUUAACCAAUACUCCACUUGAAUGUUAUGGAAGAAGUGCUUGGUGUCGAUUAUUAAUUGAUUUAGAAUUUAUUUCUAUUGUUGUUUUACUUCCUUCAAUAAUGAUGCUUAUUUUCGGAAUUCUAACUAUCUUAAACAUACGUAAAGUUACUCUUCGCCAAAUUCAGCCUGUAAUUAAAACAGGGAUUAAUCAAACAGUCAGUGCUAAUGGGUAUUCACCAAAAUUGAAAAAAUCCGAUCGAUAUCUACUUUUGAUGUUACUUAUACAAGUCAUUUUAUUAACAUUAUUUUCUCUUCCACAAGCAAUUCAAAAUCUUUACAGUCACAUUACACAAUAUGAAAUAGAAUCACCAAUGAAUACUGCAAUCAAUGAUUUUAUUUUUAAUCUAUUCUUUUUAUUAACUUAUGUAACUAAUGGAAUGCCGUUUUAUAUUUACACAUUAUGUGGUGGAACUGUUUUUCGAAAAGCACUACGUGAUUCAAUACAUAAACUAUACCAUUAA